ACAACACUUCCAUCUUUGACAGUCAUUCUCAUCAAUUUCUGGUCAUCUUUCGAGAAAGGCAUUGCAGCCUUUAUUCUUGGUCACCCACCUGGACUAUGGAAUUUGGAUCUGUCACCCCAGGACUAAGUAGUGUUAAUGGAGCUGCUUGCGCAUGCUUCUGCACCGAGCUCACGCAAAGAUGACGAGCGCUUUAAGCGCCAGGCAACAGCAUAUUCGUCCUUCCAGCCCUCGAACGUAGUAUCUGUACAACAGAGCCAGUAUGGUUUUGCCUUGCCGCCGUCUUCGGUUCCAUCAGUAACUCACUUCGACUCACCUGUCUACAUGGAAAAUACUCAGGACGCCUGGACAGCCUUGGACUCUCAGCUCUUUGCACCAUCCGACCAGUCAGUCGCGCGGAGCGAGCUCGAGAGUGACGAAGAUGGCCAUAUAGAUGGCACUGCCCUAGCACUGCCAGUCGACUCUUCACACCCGCCCCGUGCUGCUCGUGAUGUUCUGCCGCCAGAUGAUUCCGCCGUGUUCAAGGUCCCCGUCGCAAGAGUCCCGACGUCGAGAUCACUUUUGUCACAACCAGGGUCUAGAAUUCGGGAGACAGGUCAAUAUGUGCCGACUCCUUCCAGACAUCUUCAGAUCAACGAGCACGCAACUCCAAGCUAUCUGGAUGGGCUUUCUACAGUUAGCCCUCUCGAGACGCCUUCGCGUCGAAUAGCAUUUCUAAGAACGGCGAAACUCCCUCCGCGACAAGAUGACUUCUCGUCUCCAAGUGACGACAUUCCGUCGCAGCUACCGAGUACUUACUCAAUCAGUGAUAUCAACUCUGACCUUGUGCACAGUGAUCAGCCAGAUGGUCCGCCAAGUUCUGCUUGGGGGAGCCUCCCACGAGGUAUUGCAGCCCAACAGUGGAAUGGAGUCAUCGAAGAGGAGUCGCCGCUUAAGGGUCUAAGAUCUGUAGGUAAGCGUCGCGCGCAGAGGUCUUCGCCUCUGAAGCAAACUCAGUCUCUCGAGUCUCCGAGAGCAAACAUGUCUGCUCAUGUUCGACCACUCCAUUCCUCAGCCCCUACUGGACACGAGGAUAUCUCGUCAGCUUCCCUGGAUCGUGCAGUGGUGCCACGCCAGCGCCAACAGACUGAACCUCCGCGAGCGACAUUCUCGUCAUCAUUCGAGCUACGCUUUUCCUCAGCUCCGCAAGCUGUCGGGACGCAACCCGGUGCCCAAGACGACGAGAUCCCGUCAUCUUUGGACAAACAAGAUGGCUUGUCACAACAUCCUCUGCGAUCAUCGUUUGACUUACGCUUUUCCUCGGCGCCCCAAGCUCAGGGAACGCAGCCGAGCGAUGUUGAAGAUUCUGCUGUUCCGGCAAUGCUCAGGCGACAGUCUUUGAGCGAGCUCAUGCCAACUUCCUUCGAUUCUCAGUUCUCGUCGAGUCCUGAAGCUCAAGGAACGCAAAAUAACUCUGGUAACGAGACUGCUGUUCCACAAGCUUUGAGGCAACACACCCUGGAUCAGCUCCCACCGACCUCAUUCGAGUCGCGAUUCUCAUCGAGCCCAGAUGCUCUUGGUACACCUUUUGUCGAGAAGGACAGGCGUAGAGAAGACACUGCUGAAGCGUCGUCGUCACCGGGCACGAAGAUCAACUUGUUUCAGCCACGACUCAAUCUUCUUGCAGCAAAGCCAAGACUGUCUAUGUCUCUGGCCAUGCAAAAAGAUAUCCCUAAACUCCAGCAUUACACCAAAAGUGCUGUUGGUCCUACGAGGUCGAGUCCUUGGCAGCCGAUAUCCUCUGCCUCUGAGACAGGCUCUGCUUUUCAAGAUAGAGCUCAGUCAGCGAGCGCCGUCGACGUCUCAACACUCCUACACAACGGACGCGUCGAAAAACGCUCUGGCCUCUCCGCCGGAAUCCUGGAGACAGCGCUUGCAGCUAAGCGACGCAAGUUCGCUUCCCUAUCAACCCCAAAGACCAAACCAAAUACCCAAGAACGCGAACUGUUCAAGACACUGUCCCUACAGAUCCGCCCUCCGCCACCACCUACUGGCUCCAAACACUUCAUUACACACAUCACACCACAACUUGAAGCACAAUUCUGGGAUACCGCCGAGCUGCAAGGAAAGUAUAAACCAUUCCUUACUCGGCCUCUCCGGACUAGUGAAAGGGGAUACUGGCAAUUUGACACCAGAGCUUGGAAUGCACAGAUACAAAUCAAAUUCUGGAAAUUCUUGCAAUCCAAUAUUGGAAGUGGGAUUAGUGGGUGGGGAGUCUGGUGCUUGCGAGAACAUGAAGGAAAAGUGAGUGUGGAAGAGGGGACAGAGCUGGGAAUGGUCAAGGUGUUUUGUUGGGGAGAAGUCGUUGGACAUAUCUGGCUUCUCUGUUAUGUCGCUAGUCAGGCGAAACUUAAGCAUGUGGAAAGUAAGUGGUUUGAUGCUGAUGAAGAUGUUGUGGUUAUGGUUUAGAAUUCUUGGGUAGCAGUUUGGGAUGUGAAUGAAGGUCUUGGAAGGCCCACAUCUUUUGAUCUUGAAGUUGUCUCCCAGAAACACUUGGUAGUCUAAGGAUCGACUUUUCCUCAUGCUUGCUCCAUCCUCCCAAACUGUGCGAUGAUUUGAAAUUCUCUCUCGGCUUAGUAUAUCAUUUCAGUAGCGACAGAUGAUAAUUCACUGUGUUUCCU